CCUUUCGUCAACUGAAUUCUCGAACUUGCUUCCUUCGGGGAAAAGGAAUUAACGGCAUGCCACCAGAGCCAAAACAGUUCCACACAAUUGCGGCGACGGCCGAUCGAUGCUUGAAUCUUUUCCAGCAAUGUUUGCAGCAGUCUGCAUCGAUCUCGUCCCUGGAAAUGACCUUGGUGGAAGACCAGCUCGCGCGUUUCUCUCUCUGGGCGGCCAAUAUCGGUGUUUUUGCCGGAGGACGCGCCUCAUUGGAUCACCGCCUAAGAGAAGCACAGGAGGUGCAUGAAGUGAUUAUCGGGCUUCUGGAAACGCUAGAAGACCAAGUAGAAGCCUGGUCGCACAUGCUUUGCGAGUCGGAUUCCAGAUCUCAGAUAUCGGACAUUGCUCUUCCAUCUGCAAGCGAUACGAUCACUCGUUCGAGGCGCGGCGUUGUCGGCCAGAUAGCGCUCCUUCAUCGACUGUCUAAUACGAUCCGAAGAGCGAGCAGCGAGGCCCACAAUGCAAAAGCGUCCACAUCAUUCAGGAUCCGGGAUGAAGAGGGGAACGAUGUGGAGCCAUGUCUGGAAGCCGUGUUUGCAAAUUACGUCCGCGACAGAUUCCGUAACGUGGACGAAAAAAUCCUGCGUCGACUGGUCUCCGCGAUGAUCCUUCGCCGAAGACGGGUGCUGUACAAGAGAUCUCGUUUCGGCCAUCAGGCGUUGAAAGUACCAUUCAUAAAUUCUCCGCCGAAAAAGAUACCGCCGCCGACGGAUGCGCCUCGACAGACCGCUAUCAGUACCCCUGUGAUCCCGUCGGCAUCGCCUCCAAUUGCCAGCGAAAUGCCGGCGAACUCACAAGCUGGAGUCAGUGCAACCACGCUAGCCGUCGAAAGAUUCAGAAAGGCCUCUACCCCUUCCACAGUCUCGGGUGCGAGAACUGUAGCGCUGGACAGCCACGAAGCGCUGCCAUUCCCGGCACCACCUCUUGGUCGUGUGAGACAAAGAUACAGGAAAAUAAGAAAAGGCCUGGAGGAGAAACAUAGACUGAACCUGCAGUCAUUGUCCGACAAGUGCGACACUGAAUCGCCUUCCACCCUCGAGGCCCUCAAAAGGAAAGUGGAAGCGGAUCUCAAGCAAGAUCUGGAUAGGAACUGGGAUUUGUGUGUCGAAGCCAUCGGAGAAAUGACAUGUCCAUUUUGCUUCUACGCUGUUCCAGCACGGGAGAUGCAGAAUGAUGCGAAGUGGAAGGCUCACGUUAAGAAUGAUCUGGAUGCAUACGUUUGCCUCUUCGACGAAUGCGAGACUCCAGAUCAACUAUAUAGUCACACCGAACAAUGGUUGAAACAUAUGCAAGACCAUGCCUUGCGCUGGCGCUGCAAUUCUAAAUCGCACGGGCUGUCGACUUUCCUCUCACGAGAUCGCUAUAUAGACCACAUGCGACAGGCUCACCAGGGGGCCUUCAGUGAUGCCCAGCUCCGCGUGCUGGCUGACAGGAACGCGCGUGCGGUUGAACCACUGUUCGAAUCAUGUCCACUCUGUGGCUCCAGCGAUACUUCGCAGGCAGGCACGAUCAUAGAGCAUAUCGUGGGGCAUUUGAGGUACCUUGCUCUACAAUCUCUGCCGCCGUAUGAGGAUGAAGGGUCGGAAAGCUCGGCAGCUGAAAACCCGAGUUCACGAGCAUCAAAGCCUCAUAAGCGGAGCACCAUAGACAAUGACCCGGAUAGAUUCAUCACCCUUGCCUUUGAAGAUUUCGGUAGCGGCACAGCUGACGAGGUUGCUUACUUGGAGCAGAGCAGCCUAGAGAAUUCUUUUGGCAGGGUUGAUUCCAGGGCGUCGUCACCCAGCCUCGAGAGCUCCAGCCCAAUAGAGAAAUCGGCUCAUUUCACCCAUGCUCCCUCCAAUAGUGGUAAUAUGCCGCUGGGAAGACUUCGACAAUUUGAGUGGGGCUUUGCAAUCGUCAAUGAGGAGUCAUCUAGGAAUCUUGAAGACCCCGUGCUUCAAGAUCUGGCUUACAAGCAGCGCCUGCCAUCUCCGGUUAUAAGUGAGCCUCAGCACAAUACCAACACCGAUGAUCUGGCAGACGGUUAUGUGUAUAGUGCCGAGGAAAUCCUAGACAAUCAGCCCGUCGAUUCGAUGGAUGCAACUUCUCCACAGCCCUUAGGACAAACCGAUGCUGGUGAUCUUCUGGGCGUCCUCCCGACUGACAACAAGACAGGCCUGGCGCAUCAGGAGAGCCACCACAGUCUGAAGCAUACUGCAUCACACCAAAGUUCGAACUUGUCGCAGGUGGUAGAGGAAGAUAUGAGUACUAUAUCGAAGCCCGAACUAUCAAGCUCUGUCGCAUCGGAGGAUGGACCUUUGUCGGCCAUUUCACAGCGACCUGCGACUGAAGCUGAGGAGAGCGACGGGUCGAGUCCGCUCCCAUCACCAGUACUUGGUGUUCUUUCCAAACGGGGCCAUAUGGAUGCCACUCUCAUGCAACAGUCCGGGGAAGUCGAUGGUAUCUCCGAUGUUCCUGCUAUGCACCCGCUGCCCGCAUCUAUGCUUGGAUCACCAACCCAGCUUCGUGAAUCUAUUCUCAUUGAAAACACGCCGAUAGGACCGAUCCUCCCAUUCGACACGGACAGCCCGAUGGGACAUGCUGCUCGGUUUCUGCCAGAGCAUCUGGAAACGGGAGCUAUUGACAACGUCCUUCUAGACGCUAUGAUCGCACGCCUCCUUGGUCAUGUUGGACCCUCGAAGAAAAACCUUUGCCUCGACGUGGCCGAGAUCCAGUUAAUCUGCCACGCCUCGCGCGAGCUGUUCCUCUCGCAACCCGUGCUCCUCGAGCUCAAUGCCCCCGUCAAGGUGGUCGGGGACAUUCACGGCCAGUACAGCGACCUGCUCCGCAUUUUCCAGCUCUGCGGCUUCCCUCCCGCGGCCAAUUACCUCUUCCUCGGCGACUAUGUAGACCGCGGUAAGCAGAGCCUGGAGAGCAUCCUCCUUCUCUUGUGCUACAAGCUGCGCUACCCCACGAACUUCUUCCUCCUGCGAGGCAACCACGAAUGUGCCGACGUGACCCGGGUGUACGGGUUCUACGACGAGUGCAAGCGGCGGACGACCAUCAAAACCUGGAAGACCUUCAUCAAUGUGUUCAACUGCAUGCCCGUCGCCGCGAUCGUCGCCGGAAAGAUCUUCUGUGUGCACGGUGGCCUGUCGCCAUCCCUAUCGGAUCUGGAGGACAUCCGCCGCAUCGCCCGCCCGACGGACGUGCCAGACUAUGGUCUUCUGAACGACCUCCUGUGGAGCGACCCCAUCGACUCGGAGCAAGACUGGGAUACCAAUGAUGAACGAGGUGUGAGCUAUUGUUUCGGCAGGCGAGUGAUUGUGGAUUUCUUGCAGCGCCAUGACUUUGACCUAAUUUGCCGAGCCCAUAUGGUCGUGGAAGAUGGGUACGAGUUCUACCCGGAUCGGCUUCUGGUGACCGUCUUCUCUGCCCCAAACGUAAGUACUACUCCACUUUGAUGGAUGAUAAUCGCUACUUGGGUCGAAUGACUCUGCAUCCUGCAGCACUUUGAGCUCACUGU